GUUACACAAAGACUUACAAAUUGAGAAAUUAAAACUAACUAGAUACUUGGAAAAGAAGUUGAGAUAUCUGUGUGUGUGGAUAAGUUUCGGAAUUGAGGCGUCUGUUACUGUUAUAACACUGUUAGUUAAAACGGCGAUAAAUUCUGUUAACAUCUUAAGUUUUUUGUGUGUCUUUUUUCAGAUCAGAUUGUGUGUGUGACACUUGUAUUUCUGUUGUAGUUAAACAUGUCACAUACUAUAACACGUCAAAGAAGUUUUACAUCUCCACCUUACAACGAGCCCACAACGCCAUCGAACAGACCAACAAAGAUAGAACGAAUACAGCACUCCAUCGUUGGUAGCACAAAUGACUUGUUAUCAAUCAACAGAACAUCAAAACAAUCGGCAAGAUGGUGCCUAAUCAAUCUAAUAUUAGCACUUCUCUUCUUUUUUGGAUUCUUUCAGUUUAUGAUUACAAGAAUGUUUUCCUUGCAACAUUCCCUAGUUCAAUAUGUUGAUUAUUUUUUCACAUUGAUGUUUUCGUGGAAUGUAUUGACAAAUUUGUAUUUGUAUUGCAUACCAACUUUUGCACGACACAAUGUUAUCUUGAGUCCAAAACAGAAGUCUCUUCUUGGAAUCACCAAAGAAAAUGAGAAACUUUUUUGCGUUCAAGACUUUACUUCAACUCCCUGUCAACAAACCAAUCAAGGGUCUUCUAGUCCAUCCGCAUAUCCCAUGCGACGACAAUCUUCACGGGCAUCAAGCUCGUCAUUGUUAGAUUACUCUCCAGUACACAAAACGUCACCAACCCAUACUCAGUACUCUCCUGGUCGCAGUCCAAGCUCGCCAAAUCGUGGUCAGUACUCUCCCAGCCGUGGUCAAUUCUCCCCUGGUCGUGGUCAGUCAUCUCCUGGCCGUGGUCAGUAUUCUCCUGGGAGAACUCAGUAUAGUCCAGCCCGAGAUACUCCACUCAUAUCAAGGGGAAGUCAACAACGCUUUACUCCACUUAGUACUCAGGUCGCUUCUUAUUCGCCAUACAGAAAUGGAUCGCCAUUAAUGGUUGGACACACUGCUUCCGUCACCAGUACUCCGUCGCCAUUUUUAAACGGUAGUGCUGGUCAAAGUCCACGCUUUCGAAGUUUCAACACGUCUCCUGGGAGAGUGAACAGCAAAGACGACGAAUUGUUGGAUUAUCAAGUGCUUGAUAAGUACGUGAAAAAAGAAGAAGAGGCUGAAUUGCGUAACAGAAGAGUUCACUCUAACUCUCCCACUUCAUCGUUUUGGAAGUAUGGGAAAGCAGCAUAUAACUUGAUACCAAACUUUGGUUCCUAUCAACUUGCAACAAAGUCGAAAUCGUUAAAUAUGAAAGAUGAUGAUGAUGCUGUGGGAAGUCCCUUUAAGAAUGAUGAGGUUUUGAGAAAGCUCGGUUUGGAGAGAAGUGAUGUAGAUAUAUGGAUUGAAAACUUCAGAAAGUGGAUUGCACAAACAGUGUUAGAACCGCUAGUUAAAGAAAUCGACGACAUCAAUAAACGAUUAACUUCGAUGGGAAGUCCCGAUCUACACCUGGGAGUGAUCAGUCAUUCGUCAUUGCAGAGUUUACAAACUACAAAGGGACAACAUCUUCCAUCGCUGCAAUCAGUGGUCCCUUACUUGGAUGUGACCACGAACCAAGAAUACCUGGUUAGUCGUAUUAAAGAACUUGCUACUGGUGGAUGUUUACGUUUGUAUCGCUGGGAUGAAGGAGGAUCGUAUAAAAACAAACCAUGGAAUCCUGAUCUUCCAACUGAUGCGCAGAUUGUUUUCAAUUUAUUUUGUACGUACAUGGAUACACACUUACCUUCGAAUCCACGCUACGCAGAGGGAAAAAGUUUUACUGGCUUGCACUAUCUGAAGACACCUGCUAAACCAGGAGACAAGAAAAGUUCGUUGGUGUUAUAUCAAUCCAGAACGCAGAAACCGUAUUUUAAAGUUUUAGUGGAAGACGAAAUUUGCGAGCUUCCUAAGGGACGAAACAAUUUGUUUUGUGCAAUUGUCGUGUUUUUGUAUUACGCGAAAAGAAAUUAUCAUGGCAUGUUACAACGAGUAAACCUUGGCAUGUCUGGCAUCAAUGUUUUGUGGAUAUUAGACAAGAAGUAACGCCACGUUGGAGUCGUCGAUGAGAGGGCGUUAUGAGGAUAGGGCGUUAUUUUAACUUUUUAUGCGAGUAGUUAUUUUGACAUUAUAUUUAAUUGACGCGUGUAUAUAUUUUCUUGCGCAAAGAAAAAUAUUUUUAAA